AGUUUAGUUAUACCCGAUUUUCUGCAAUUUACAAAACAAACCGGCAACCUUAAGUUAUAAGAGAUAUUGUUAAAUUUGACUGAUAAUAAACUUAAAACAUGUCGUCUAAUUGCUUAAGAAUAGCUGUAGUUUGCUCUAGUAAUCAAAAUCGGAGUAUGGAGGCUCACAAUUUCCUGGCAAAGAAAGGCUUCAGGGUAAAAUCAUUUGGUUCAGGAAAUCAUGUAAAGCUACCCGGCCAAGCAGCCGAUAAACCUAAUAUAUACGAUUUUAACGUAUCUUACGACGAAAUUUAUACCCAAAAUGGUCUAUUGCACAUGUUAGAUAGGAAUAGAAGAAUCAAAGAGGCUCCUGAAAGAUUCCAAGAUUAUCAUGAAAAAUUCGAUGUCAUAAUCACAUGUGAGGAGAGAGUAUAUGACCAAGUCGUGGAAGAUCUGGAACUUCGCAAAGAGAGAACAACCACAGAAGACUGCGUUCACAUACUAAACCUCGAUAUUCAAGAUAAUCAAGACGAAGCAACAAUUGGUGCAUUUAUCAUAUGUGAUCUUGUAGCUAUGUUGGCAGAAUCAGAUGACCUAGAUAAUGAUAUAGAUGAAAUUGUACACGAAAUAGAACAGAAAUGCCAAAGAAUGUUCCUACAUACAGUCGUUUUUUAUUAA